CGCCUCCGUCGUCCAUUGUCACUUUUCUGAUGACACUGCCGGGCUUCGGACUCAAGUUGACGUCCAUGCUGGUGCAGGUCGGUCAGUCUGGUUUAUCAAUUUGAGAUAAUCUAUUGGUGUCUUUUUUUGACUGUUCGUUCCUGCAUAGUUAUUUCUGUACGAUUUGGCUGAUCUGAAGCCUUCGGUCGAAGUCAUGGGGGACGUCGAAGAGGAUGAGAUGAUCGAGCCCCCUGCAUGGGUCGACACCAACGUGAAGAAAUUCAUGGGGCAUGUGUCGGGCGACUUUGUUCGCAAUCCGGACACCGUUUCCCGCAGGAUGAGCUCGUAAGGGGCAUUACCUAUUAUUAACCCCCCUCGUGCUUUUUUUCGCUGGUCUCUGUCUUCGUUUUGUGGCAGGACCAUGAAAGGUCCCGACGCAGAGGAGACCUACAAGCGGACAACACACGUGGGGACGGUGGGUAUGUGGAUGUACCAGAAUCUCUGCAACGAGAAAUCGUGCAAUACCUGUCCGCUGGGCGUAGCCAUCCCGUCCUUCUAUCGUCUCGAUGACCGCCGAAGCGUGGCAGAUCUCGACGGUGCCGAGGAUGGCAAUGGAGAGACAAUGGAGAGCGAGGUCUGGAGCCGCCCCACCAGCCUGGGAAUAGCCUAG